UUCUUUUCUUUUCUUUUCUUUUUUUUUUAAAUUCCUGCCUCGGCUGCUCCCUCCUUCCGGAGAAGCGCAGCAUCCGAUCGCCUGGCGCCGGGGCCGGCUCGCCUUGCACCAUGGACUGGCAGCCCGACGAGCAGGGCCUACAGCAGGUCCUGCAGUUGCUGAAAGACUCGCAGUCCCCCAACACGGCCACGCAGCGCAUCGUCCAGGAUAAACUCAAGCAGCUGAACCAGUUCCCAGACUUCAACAACUACCUGAUCUUCGUCCUGACUCGACUCAAGUCUGAAGAUGAGCCUACGCGUUCCCUCAGUGGCCUCAUCCUCAAGAACAAUGUGAAGGCUCAUUACCAGAGCUUCCCACCACCUGUAGCCGACUUCAUCAAGCAGGAGUGUCUGAACAACAUUGGCGAUGCAUCUUCCCUCAUCCGGGCCACCAUUGGCAUCCUCAUCACCACCAUCGCAUCCAAGGGGGAGCUCCAGAUGUGGCCCGAGCUGCUGCCCCAGCUGUGUAACCUGCUCAAUUCCGAGGAUUAUAACACAUGCGAGGGAGCCUUCGGUGCCCUGCAAAAGAUCUGUGAGGACUCCUCGGAGCUGCUGGACAGCGAUGCCCUCAACAGGCCCCUCAACGUCAUGAUCCCCAAGUUCCUGCAGUUUUUCAAACACUGCAGCCCCAAGAUCCGGUCCCACGCUAUCGCCUGCGUGAACCAGUUCAUCAUGGACCGUGCCCAGGCGCUGAUGGACAACAUUGACACCUUCAUCGAGCACCUGUUUGCCCUGGCGGUGGACGAUGACCCGGAGGUGCGCAAGAAUGUGUGUCGCGCGCUGGUCAUGCUGCUCGAGGUCCGCAUCGACAGGCUCAUCCCGCACAUGCACAGCAUCAUCCAGUACAUGCUGCAGAGGACCCAGGACCACGACGAGAACGUGGCGCUGGAGGCCUGCGAGUUCUGGCUGACACUGGCCGAGCAGCCCAUCUGCAAGGAGGUCCUGGCGUCCCACCUGGUCCAGCUCAUCCCCAUCCUGGUGAAUGGCAUGAAGUACUCGGAGAUCGACAUUAUACUCCUGAAGGGUGACGUAGAAGAGGACGAGGCAGUGCCUGACAGUGAGCAGGACAUCAAGCCCCGCUUCCACAAGUCCCGCACCGUCACACUGCCCCACGAGGCCGAGCGGCCCGACGGAUCCGAGGACGCGGAGGACGACGACGAUGACGAUGCCCUCUCCGACUGGAACCUGAGGAAGUGCUCGGCGGCUGCCCUGGACGUCCUGGCCAACGUCUUCCGGGAGGAGCUUCUGCCCCAUCUCCUGCCACUACUCAAGGGGCUCCUCUUCCACCCUGAGUGGGUGGUCAAGGAGUCGGGCAUCCUGGUGCUGGGCGCCAUUGCCGAGGGCUGCAUGCAAGGCAUGGUCCCCUACCUGCCCGAGCUGAUCCCGCACCUCAUCCAGUGCCUAUCCGACAAGAAGGCCCUGGUCCGCUCCAUCGCCUGCUGGACGCUGAGCCGAUACGCCCACUGGGUGGUCAGCCAGCCCCCCGACAUGCACCUCAAGCCCCUCAUGACCGAGCUGCUCAAGCGCAUCCUGGAUGGCAACAAGAGGGUGCAGGAGGCGGCCUGCAGCGCCUUUGCCACCCUGGAGGAGGAGGCGUGCACGGAGCUGGUGCCCUACCUCAGCUACAUCCUCGACACCCUGGUCUUCGCAUUCGGCAAGUACCAGCACAAGAACCUGCUCAUCCUCUACGACGCCAUCGGCACUCUGGCCGAUUCGGUGGGCCACCACCUCAACCAGCCGGAGUACAUCCAGAAGCUGAUGCCGCCGCUGAUCCAGAAGUGGAAUGAACUUAAGGAUGAAGAUAAGGACCUCUUUCCCCUGCUGGAGUGCUUGUCCUCCGUGGCCACUGCCCUGCAGAGCGGGUUCCUGCCCUACUGCGAGCCGGUCUACCAGCGCUGCGUGACCCUGGUGCAGAAGACACUGGCCCAGGCCAUGAUGUACACGCAGCACCCGGAGCAGUACGAGGCCCCCGACAAGGACUUCAUGAUCGUGGCGCUGGAUCUGCUCAGCGGCCUGGCCGAGGGCCUGGGCGGCCAUGUGGAGCAGCUGGUGGCCCGCAGCAACAUCAUGACCCUGCUGUUCCAGUGCAUGCAGGACUCAAUGCCCGAGGUCCGGCAGAGUUCCUUUGCGCUCCUGGGUGACCUCACCAAAGCCUGCUUCAUCCACGUCAAGCCUUGCAUCGCUGAAUUCAUGCCCAUCCUGGGCACCAACCUGAACCCCGAGUUCAUCUCUGUAUGCAACAACGCCACCUGGGCCAUUGGGGAGAUCUGCAUGCAGAUGGGUGCUGAGAUGCAGCCCUACGUGCAGAUGGUCCUCAACAACCUGGUGGAGAUCAUCAACAGGCCCAACACGCCCAAGACACUUCUGGAAAACACAGGUCGCCUGACGAAUCCCUCUGCCAUUCCAGCCAUCACCAUCGGCCGCCUGGGCUACGUGUGCCCCCAAGAGGUGGCCCCGAUGCUCCAGCAGUUCAUCCGGCCGUGGUGCACCUCGCUCAGGAACAUUCGGGACAAUGAAGAGAAGGACUCGGCCUUCCGGGGCAUCUGCAUGAUGAUCGGCGUCAACCCCGGGGGCGUGGUGCAGGAUUUCAUCUUCUUCUGUGACGCUGUGGCCUCCUGGGUGAGCCCAAAGGAUGAUCUUCGGGACAUGUUCUACAAGAUUCUCCACGGCUUCAAAGACCAAGUCGGGGAGGAGAAUUGGCAGCAGUUUUCGGAGCAGUUCCCGCCGCUGCUCAAGGAAAGACUGGCCGCAUUCUACGGGGUCUAGACAAGUUAGCGGGGGGACUACCAGGUUUCUGUCUGCGUCGUCGUCGGAGGGGUCCGUCGGGCGGGAGAGCGCUGCGCCCAGAAGUCGCCAAGCCCUUGGUCGAGGGGGGUUGGGAGGAGAGAGGGCCCCACAUGCAGACGUGCUCUCCGGGCCGUCUCCCCGGCUCGCCUGCUCAGCCCAGGUGCUGGGGGGCAAGUGGGAGGGGCCUCCACGCUCAUCUGAUAGACGGGAGGGGGGUGGGACUUCCUGACCGGGGCCCAGACUGACAUAGGGUCCCCUCGGGCAGCCCAUGGGGGGGGCCCUGCCCCGGGGGAGGGAGGCAUCACAUGCCAAGGGGAACCAGCUUAGGGUGAGGCGCUGGGCCAGCAGGUGGGGAGGGGGGUCCUUGUAGACAUGUAUGCUCACAUGUACACAUGUGGCCACACGCAUGUGUGGGCGCAGCCGUCAGCCAAGCUAGGCUAGCCGCCCCCUAUUUCCCCGACUGCAUGGAGACAGUAGAAUUAGUGAACCCCCUGAGUUAGCCCGUAAGGCCUUCGUAAACCUGCACCCUAGAGUUUAAGAAGCUUCCGC